CGCGCGACCUCGAGCAUGGCCGACGACACGACCAGCCAGCUGCCAGUUGACCUCGACUCUGGCAUGCGCCGCCGCAACCCUCUCCGCGCCGUCGCCGACACCGAGCCAACGCCGACCUCUUCAUCAUCGGCGAACCCCGAAGCCGCGUCGUGGCAGCUCCAGCUCGCCGAGGCCAGACGCGCCAUGGCCCUCAAGAUGGCGCAGCAGGCUCAAGAGCUCGACCUCGUCGACCCCGCCCGAGCACACGCCUCGGACGACGACGCCGAGCCGAGCCGCCACGACCCAGAGCCGUCAUCGCACCAGCGCAGAACCAGCGUCGCGAGCAGCGAGGGCGACGACCACGUUGUCGAGCAGCUCUUGCGGCCCACGAGCGCGCCGACCGCCGUGCCCGUGCGGGAGGACCCGGCUGGCGAGGUCGGCGGCGGGUUCGCCGAGGAGCCGAAGCAGGAGGAGGGCGGCGAGCGGGCGACUGAGGAGCAAGCGCCGGCCGACGACCGCAUCUGUCGCAUCUGCUUCGGCGGGGCCGAGGACGAGGAGGAGCUGGGACGACUGUUCAGCCCGUGCGUCUGUCGAGGAACGUCCCGUCACGUCCACGCCAAGUGCCUCGAGAGCUGGCGCAGGGCCGCCGUCAGCCCGAAGGCGUUCUACGAGUGCGGCCAGUGCAAGUACCAGUACCAGUUCCGCCGCACGACGUUCGCGCGAGCCCUCAUGAGCCCUCUCACGGUCACCUUCCUCACGAGCCUCGCCUUUAUGGCUCUCGUCUUCCUGUCGGGCUUCGUCGCCAACUCGCUCAUUGCCGCCGUCGAGGCGCGUCAGUCGCUCACGCCCUCGCUCCUGAACGAUCUCUUCAUCCCCGACUACAUCGUCGCCGGCGAGGGCGUCCGCGAGGCCGUCUCGUUCGUCGAGCACCGUCUAGAGCAAAGCCGGUGGGUCGCCGGGCGCGACCUCGCCCUGCAGCGUGCGGCGCAGGACGACUCGUCGACCUACCGCUUCUUCAACCCGUCGCCGUCGUCGCGCAAGGCCAAGGGCGCCGCGUCGGCUCCGUCGACGCCGCCGUUCCUCCUCACGGCGCUCCUGCACGCCGUCAAGGGCUCGGCGCUCCUCGGCGUCGUCUCGACGUUCUGGGCCUACGCCGCUACGACGUUCGCUUCGCCGCUCGGCCGCACGCUGUUUCGCGCGCUGCGGCCGACAGGAGGGCGGCGGCGGGCGGCAGAGCGCGGCGCGUCCAUGUCGCAGCUCGUUCUCCUCCUCCUCAUCCUGUGGGGCGUCGUCAAGUCCAUUCGCGGCGUGUAUCGCGGGGUCAAGUACUUGACGAGGGUCGCGCUCUCCAAGGUCGAGGACCUUGUCAUCGAGGUCAAUUGAGUACGCGUCUGGCUUGAGCUGUAACAUCGUUCUUUGCUGUC